AUGACAAUUCAAAAAGAAAAUUACACUCAAGAUAUUUCAUUUGAUGAUCUCUCAAAAGUCAAGGCUAUUUCCGCCGAAAAAGAGAUUAAAUUUGAAAAAAAGGUCGAUUAUAUUGGAACAUUUAAAAAGGAAAAUAUUAAAAUUUUAUUAGAAAAAACUGGUCAUGGUACAGAUGAUACCUUGGUUCAAAAUUUGCCCGAUGAUACCGAGUUUAUCUUGAACAAGAUUUAUCAAUUGACUGUUGAAGAGUCGAUAAAGAUUUUAGAAAAUGCUAUUGAAUACCACAAUGAUGACCCGAAUUUUCCAAACGAUGAUUAUGAAUUAAUGAAAACUUUGGUUAAAAAAUCAGACUUAGAAAAGGAUAAAAAUGAAGAUGAAUUAUUUCAAAUCAAAUUACUUGCCUCUUUAAUCCAUUACCUUUCUCCUUAUCCCGAAGUUCGUGCUGUUACAGAUCCAUUUGAUGAACCUGAUAUACCAAUUGAAACUAUUAGAUCGUACACUUUAGCUAUUCUUUGGGUUCUCAUUGGUUCUGCGGUCAACGAGUUUUUUUCACAUCGUUAUCCAUCAAUUUCUUUGUCGUCAUCUGUUAUUCAAAUUUUAAUGUAUCCUUGUGGUAAAUUUUGGGCAUGGUGUGUUCCUGAUUGGGGUUUUACUUAUAAAGGAAAAAGAAUUUCUUUGAACCCUGGUCCUUGGACUUAUAAAGAGCAGAUGUUUUCAACUUUAUUGUAUGCAAUAACUUCGCCAGGUGUUUAUAUUACUUAUAACGUUGUAGUUCAAAAAUUAGAAAUUUUUUAUAACAACAAAUGGUGUGAUUUUGGUUUUCAAUUCUUAUUGGCAAUGUCCACUCAAUUUCUCGGAUUUGGUAUUGCUGGAAUUUUGAGGAAGUUUGUUGUCUAUCCUGUUAGAGCUAUGUGGCCAACAAUUCUACCAACAUUAGCUUUGAAUCGUGCUCUAUUAAAACCGGAAAAAAAGGAAAGGAUUCAUGGCUGGAAAUUGACCAAAUAUCAAUUUUUUUUUAUUUUCUUCUUGUUUAUGUUUUUGUAUUUUUGGCUUCCAAAUUAUUUAUUUCAAGCAUUAUCUUAUUUUAACUGGAUCACUUGGAUUGAUAAAAAUAAUUUUAAUUUGGCUGUUAUUUGUGGUCAAGUUCUUGGUCUUGGGCUAAAUCCUAUUCCAACAUUUGAUUGGAAUGUUGCAAAUUACUUGACACCUUUAACUGUUCCGUUUUUUGCUAACAUGAAUAUUGUUGUGGGCAUUUUUUUGGCAUUUUUUGCUAUCACCGGUGUGUAUUAUAACAAUUAUUAUUGGUCUGCUUAUUUACCUGUUAACUCAAAUGCCAUUUUCACAAAUAAAGGUGAAUCAUAUCAAGUUACUCAAAUUCUUACAAAUGGACUACUUGAUAAACAAAAAUAUCAAUCUUAUUCUCCACCUUAUUAUACUGCUGCAAAUUUAGUGGUUUAUGGCGCUUUUUUUGCAAUUUAUCCUUUUUCAUUUAUGUAUACUUGUUAUAUUGAGCGAAGAUCUUUGAUAGAAUCAUUGAAGGAAGUAAAAAAAACAAUUCAAAAUUGGAAAAGAUCUAAUUUUGAGGGAUUUACUGAUCCACAUUCUCGAAUGAUGGCCAAGUAUAAGGAGGUUCCUGACUGGUGGUUUUUGAUAAUUGUUAUUGUAUCCUUGGUUUUUGCAAUUCUUGCAGUUAGUUUAUAUCCCACACAUACCCCUGUUUGGUUAAUAUUUAUGGCAUUUGGCAUGAAUAUUGUUUUCCUUAUUCCAUUUGCACUUAUUUAUUCAACGACAGGAUUUUCAUUAGGUUUAAAUGUUUUAGUUGAAUUAAUUUGCGGUUAUGCUUUGCCUGGAAACGGGGUUGCAUUGAUGACAAUUAAAGCAUUGGGAUAUAAUAUUGGUGGUCAGGCUGAUAACUAUAUUUCUAAUCAGAAAAUGGCCCAUUAUUCUAAAAUUCCACCAUUAGCUUUGUUUCGAGGGCAGAUCAUCACAACAACUAUUCAGGUCUUGGUUGUAUUGGGUGUUGUGAAUUGGCAAAUUAGCAAUGUUGAUAAUUUUUGUCAGCCUGGUCAAAAACAAAGAUUUACUUGUCCUUCAGAAAAGACGUUUUAUUCAGCAUCCGUAUUUUGGGGUGUUAUUGGACCAAAGAGAGUUUUUAGUGAAAUAUACCCUUUAUUGGAGAAAUGUUUUCUCAUUGGAUUUCUUUUGGGAAUCUUUUUUAUUUUGGUUAAAAGAUUUUUACCAAGAUAUUUCCCAAAUAUAAUUCAGCCAACUCUUAUUAUGGGAGGUUUUAUUCAAGUUUUUGCACCAUAUAACUUGAUGUAUGUUAUCCCAGGAAUUUAUUUAUCAUUUACCUUUAUGUACUAUAUCAAAAAACACUACCUAGCCUGGUUUGAGAAAUAUAAUUAUGUCUUAGUAAGUUCAUUUGAUGCUGGUGUUGCGUUCUCUGCUCUAAUAAUGUUUUUUGCAGUUCAAUAUCACAACAUUAAUGUUAACUGGUGGGGAAACCUGAUUUCGUUUGAAGGUGUAGAUGGAGGCGUUGGAAGACAGUCAUUAUUGGAUGUAGCUUCAACAACAAAAAAGUAUUUUGGAUACGAUAACUGGAGUUAA